AUGGAGCCAAAUGAAGGCAAUAUAUUCCAAAGUCAGGCACAAACUAUGGCCAGGGCAAAUCCAAAAGUAGGGAAACCUCCAACAAGGCUACAAAAGAAAGCUCCAUCAUCUCUUGAAGUCAAUUACCACACUUCUUCUUCUUCUUCUUCUCCUCUUACUCCAAUCCCUCUUCUAUCACCGCUCAUUGUAUCUCCACGACCAUUGUUACAAGCAGCAGAAGAAUUCAGGUUCCCUGUAGUAGACGGUGAUAUUGAAAAAGGCGGCGACAACAAGAAAAUUGCUUCCUCAGUUUUUUUAAGUGUGGCUAAUGGGUACUCGGAGUCUUCAUCUUUGUUCGCAUUUUUCCAAUCUAAAUGUAUGCUCGUUGAUCAUGCAAAGUGA